UUAUUAUUGCCAAUUGGCUACAAUAUCUUUCUUUUUAUUUAAUCCAACAAAAAAUUGUGGCCUACGAAAUUUCAAAAAACACUAAAAAAAAUCCAUAUAUUCAUUCAUUCAUAAUUCAUGUUACAUGCGCAACGGUUAAGCUAACAUCUGGGGGGUACACGUCAUUUUCCGCGCUUGUUACUCGUAGCUGCCGCUCUUAUUUCUUCUCAAUCCGCCGUCUUUCGACAUACCCAGAAACAUAUAAACUCCAACAAUUCUGUUUCUAUCGUAUUCAUCCUAUUUUGUUGCCAACGAAAAAGGUAGCAGUUGAUCUUCAACAAGCAAAAUGGCUACUCUUUCCGAUAUCACGGUUUCUGCAUCCAUUAAUAGUUUAUUCGCAUUCCUAUUUCUCGUGGCAUUUGCAAUAUUACGUCUUCAACCCAUGAACGAUCGGGUUUACUUUCCCAAAUGGUAUCUCAAAGGCAUACGUGAAAAUCCAAGCACUUCGGGACCUCUUGUAAAACACUAUGUCAAUUUAGAUGUUAGAAUGUAUCUAAGAUUGUUGAAUUGGAUUCCCGCCGCUUUAAAAAUGCCACAACUUGAGCUUAUUGAGCACGCAGGCCUUGAUUCUGCUGUCUACAUUCGAAUAUAUCUUCUCGGAUUGAAAAUUUUUGUUCCUAUUGCUCUACUUGCUUUUGCUGUGCUGUUACCGGUCAAUUAUACCGGUGGAAGUUUCAGUAUUAUGAGCCUUAAGAUGAAAGAUCUAACUUUCGGGGAGAUAGACAAGUUUUCAAUAUCCAAUGUUCCGCCUGCAUCAAAAAGGUUAGCGGCGCAUAUAAUAAUGGCAUAUGUCUUCACAUUUUGGACAUGUUAUAUUCUUUACAAGGAAUAUAAAAUUGUAACAGACAUGAGGUUGAAUUUUCUUGCUUCUCAAAAACGCCGUCCUGACCAGUUUACUGUUAUUGUGAGAAACGUCCCCUCUGAUGCCGAUGAAUCCGUUAGUGAACAUGUUGAACAUUUCUUCCGUGUUAAUCACCCUGGUCAAUAUCUUACACAUAAGGUGGUGUAUAAUGCAAAUAAGCUUGCAAAAAUGGUGGAUAAGAAAAAGGAUUUGCAUAAUCGGCUUAUUUACUACACUAAUAAGUACGAGAGACGACCGAAUAAAAGGCCAACCACUAAGACAGGUUUUUGGGGUCUUUGGGGAAAGAAGAUCGACGCAAUUAAUUACUAUACCGAAGAAAUCGACAAGUUGGGCAAAGAAGAAGUAGCAGAACGUGAACGGGUGAUUGGUGACCCGGAAGCUGUGGUUCCAGCUGCAUUUGUUUCGUUCAGAUCACGAUGGGGUGCAGCUGUUUGUGCUCAAACCCAACAAACAAGGAACCCGACCCGUUGGCUCACAGAUUGGGCUCCUGAACCGCGCGAUGUUUACUGGAGCAACCUAGCCAUACCAUUUGUCGAACUCAAUGUGCGAAAAUUGGUGAUGGCUGUAGCUCUAUUCGGCCUUAUUUUCUCAUUCAUGAUCCCAAUCACCAUUGUUCAAACUUUGGCCAACAUUGAGUCAAUUGAAAAAGUUCUUCCGUUUUUAAAACCCAUUGUCGAUAAAGGAUCUACCAAGUCUUUCAUUCAAGGGUUUCUUCCCGGGAUGGUGUUGAAGAUCUUUCUCCUUGUUCUUCCGAUGAUUUUAAUGGAAAUGUCGAAAAUAGAAGGAUACGUUGCCCUUUCGGAUUUGGAAGCAAAAUCAGCUGCAAAAUUUUAUUUCUUUUUGCUUGUGAACGUGUUUCUUGGAAGCAUUGUUACAGGAACUGCCCUUCAACAACUUAAGGAAUUCUUGAACAAAUCAGCAUCCGAGAUUCCGAAAACCGUGGGUGUGUCAGUUCCUAUGAAAGCAACGUUUUUUAUUACGUACAUUAUGGUCGAUGGUUGGGCUGGUAUUGCUGCAGAGGUCUUGAGGCUGUUUCCGUUGAUAAUGUAUCACUUGAAAAACAUUUUCUUGGUGAAAACCGAUAAAGACCGAGACGAGGCCAUGGACCCUGGUUCGUUGCUAUGGCCCAUAACCGAGCCUCGUUUACAGUUGUACUUUCUGCUUGGACUCGUGUACUCUACUGUCACUCCUAUUCUCCUCCCUUUCAUAAUCAUCUUCUUUGCAUUCGCCUAUCUGAUUUUCCGUCAUCAGAUCAUCAAUGUGUACCACCAGAAGUACGAGAGCGCAGCAUCUUUUUGGCCAGAUGUUAAUCGGCGGAUUUUAAUCGGUUUAAUAAUUUCACAGUUAUCACUGUUAGGACUGUUGAGCACAAAACAGGCAGCAAACUCAACACCUGUUCUACUAGUACUCCCGGUCUUAACCUUUGCAUUCCAUAAGCUAUGCAAGAACCGGUUUGAAUCUGCAUUCAGAAAAUUCCCAUUACAGGAUGCAAUGGUUAAGGAUACACUGGAAAGAGCAACGGAGCCGCAAUUGAAUUUGAAAGAGUAUUUGAAGGAUGCGUAUACGCAUCCGGUUUUUAAAGGGGGAGAAGUUGAAUUGAUGGAUAUUGAUGAAGUAGUUGAUGAGUGUCAUGUAGUUGCUACAAAGAGGAGUUCUCGCAGGAGUUCGCUCAAGGGAAGUCAAGCCGGAACUAGCGAUGGUUGUCCUGAAGAUAGGACUGGUAUUUAUGCUGUGUAAAGAUAGAAAAACUGGACCAUUAUUAUUAUAUUUUUUUUGUAUAAACAUUACUAUUGAAUGUUAAAUACACGGGUUAUUUAAUUUAA